UGGUGAAGCUAAAACGAAGAUGGCGGCUGUUGUAGAGAGGGUAGAUGUAGGUGUAGGAGCUACGGAUUCUGAUUCUGUUUCUCCCAGAUUGUCCACUCCACCGCCAGAUCAACCACAUCAGAACAAUCCGCUCCUUGGACUUCCUAUAGUGGCCAUCGAGACGAUCCUGAAUUUCUUGUCUUACGAUGAAAUAAGCCUGCUACGCCUGGUGUGUAAGCGUAUGGACAUGAUCUGCCAACGCAUGCUGAACCAGGGCUUCAUUAAGGUGGAGCGCUACCACAGCCUGUGCCAGAAACAGGUCAAGGCUCAGUUGCCAAGAAGGGAAUCUGAGCGCAGAAACCACUCACUCGCACGACAUGCAGACAUCCUUGCUGCCGUGGAAACACGUCUCUCCCUGCUCAACAUGACCUUCAUGAAAUACGUUGAUUCAAACCUGUGCUGCUUCAUCCCUGGAAAGGUGAUUGAUGAGAUCUACCGCGUGCUACGCUACGUGAACUCGACGCGGGCCCCUCAGCGUGCCCACGAGGUCCUGCAGGAGCUCAGGGACAUCUCCUCCAUGGCUAUGGAGUACUUUGAUGAGAAGAUUGUCCCCAUUCUCAAGAAGAAGCUUCCGGGGGCUGACCUCUCAGGCCGUCUCAUAGGAUCUGCCCCAGUGGCAGGCCCUUCCACCUCUCUGACCACCAUGUCUCUGCUGGCGAAGAACACGCCGUCGCGUUCUGAGAUGACCAAGGUGCAGCAGCAGGUGAAGGUGAACGGCGCGUCCAUGACGGCGCUGCGGCGCGAGAUGCAGGAGGUGCGCGUCAAGCAGCUGGAGCAGCAGAAGCAGCUGCAGGAUCAGGAGCAGAAGCUGCUGGAGCAGUCGCAGGUCAUCGGCGAGCAGAACGCCCGGCUGGCUGAGCUCGAGCACAAGCUGCGGGAACUGAUGGACCGCGCAGUGGGCGGCGGGGCGGCGCCGACAUCUGCAACGGCGAUGGCUCGGGCCUCCACCUCUGCGGCGUCGUCGUCCUCUUCCUCCUCUUCCUUGUCGACAGCUGUGGCUAUGGCUAGCACGUCUGCGGCCGCAGCUGCUGUUGCCGUGGCAGCGGUGGCAGCAGCAUCAUCCAUCACGGGCGCCGUGGUUUCAGAUGGUGCAGAGGAGGAUGGUGUCCCGUCGCUCAAGCGCUCCAGGAAGAGUCUGGAUCUCCCGCGUCAAUCCAAACGCCUGCGCAGCAAGAAAUAGACAGACAUUAAGGGUUUUUUUUUCCUUUCUAUCUUUUUGUUUUGUUUCCCUGGUUCAAUUAUGGGGGUUUUUUUGUAGGUUUUUUUCUGUCAAUACUUUGCACCCACAUGUGUCUGGAGGGGCCAUGUGGACAUGAAUUUGGAGAGGAAGAGAGAGAACCAGGUGUCGAGGGUGUCUCAGUUUAUUUUGCAUGUUAAGUCUACAGCUCUGAGACCCCAUUACACAUACAUAGUAGUGUGUACAGACAUCAGCCCAGCAUCAAAUCUUCUCCAUAAUUUCAGUUAUUUUGGGGGGUUAGGACAUACCAUGGCAUGAAUGAAUCACCACACAGAAGGAACAACUGUUUUUCUCAGUGCCAUGAAAUGUACAGAAAGAGAAAGCCCUGAAAAGCUAAUCUGGAACACAGCAUAGGAAACCAAGCCCUCAGAACUGCUUGCUUGUCAGUCAUUGCUGUAUGUAACCUCUGUUUAAGUGAGGCACAUGAAGAGGUAGCUCUCUCAUUGUGGUGAAGUUGUGUAGAUGGUUAUGUGCCUUUUUGUUGGCACUAAUAUGUAGCGUUGACCACAGAUUGUGGCCCUGUCUGUGUGCAUGUGUAUAUAGAUAUAUAUUUAAACCUUACGAAUCAAAUCAGCCAAUCCGAUUAGGAGAAGACUGAUGCCUGGUGUCCAGGGUGAUUUUGCAUUAUGUCAGAAUCAGUAAAUUCAAAACAAAUUGAGGGGUUCAUCCAGUGGAGCUUUGUCUAAAUAAAGCCAGUUAUGUAGUGUAUCGCUUCUGAAGACGUAUGCCCAUCGGUCAUAUCAUACAGGGCUGGGCUUAGGGGACAGUGUUGGGGCUUGUGUGCACAUAAAUGGAGUUUAACCCUGUUGUCUUGCUUCAGUUAAAGUGAAAACAUCAACUACUGACCCAGUACCAUAUGGCGGAGUGUGUCAUUGGUCGCCUGUAUUCAUGACUGUAUGAUGAUCUAAGCCCUGUAUUGGUGCAAUAUAAAUGGCUUAUUUCUUUUUUUUUUUUCUUUUUUCAGUGUAAUCUAUUUUGUGCUUUUACAACGUUGGACCAGUUCACACUCAAUAAGAAGGUUUACAGAGUCUAUGGAACUAGAAGUGCUCUUUUGUUCAAAGGGCUGGAGAAAUUGCUCUUGUAGUGUCUAGGUGAAUACGGCAUGUUUGUCGUACACUGUCUUUGCAUUUGGGGGAGCAGCUCUGAUGUUAUUGCAGAUGUUAAGCUUCAUACUUUCACAGAGGUGUUCAUCUGUAAAUAUUACUUACUCACAUUUAAAGCAUCAAAAUUGGUCUCCAGAGUAACACCCAGAAUUCUACUUGCAGUUGAAAAUCAUCUACAACAAUCAAUGUUAGUGUUAGCACCUUUUUGGAAACAACUCUAUACAACUAUUAAAUGGUUUUACCAAAGUUUGAUUAAAUGAACGCCUCAAAAUCUUGAAGCAACAUGUGUUAAUAUGGCAUUUGACAAAUUAUUGUUGCUUGUUAAUUAAAGAUGAGGUCUUUUGUUAUAUAUGGAGUUUGUGAGAUGUGUUCACGUACUGUAGUCCAUCACCAAUGAAAAGAAAUUGGCCACGUGAUGUUUUGUGUAAUGCCAUCACUGACUCAUCAGAUCACAAAAAAUAACUUUGUCUUGGUCUUUGGAAUGCUAUCUGUGUAUACAAUUCAUCCUUGAGAAAAUCAGUCCCUUUGAAAAAAAUUAUAAAAGUGACUGCAAUACCCCUUUAAAUAUCAGCAGUCAGAAGUGGACUUGAAAAUUAAAGAGGCAGGCUGUGGUCAGGUUUCUCCAAAGAGAUAAAGACUGAAAAAAGUCUUCUGUAAUUGUAAGGAUUUUGUUGCUUAAUGAUCUGCUGACUUAUUGCCUUGACCAGUUGUUCUGUGAUCCCAUCGCCUGGAUCAGAACAUUGUUUGGGUUCACUAACACCCACGGGGUAACAGUCUCUAGCCAGCUAAAACUGUUUCCAUCCCAUGGAAGUGGUUGGCACUGAAACUCCCCCUGAAGAGCUCUCCCUUCCAAUGACCUAAAGCGGUCCUUGGCAGUGGUUUCCUUUACUGAUGUAUUCUGGGAAAUGCAGUAUACCACUGAAAAGCUCAGCCUAGACUCAAAAACAGGGCGCAGUAGGGAUGAAGGGAUGGGCACAAACCUACAUUUAAAAGUGUGGCUCAAUGCAGGACUGUGUCUCAGUUUAGAAAUGACUGUACUGUAAACUUCAUGUAUUUCAAAUUUAGAUUGUGGAAUUAUUUCAUGUAUGUAAAAGGAAAACCUAAUCUUGUAAUCUAGCCUGGUUUGGGCUUAAACACAUGGUUUGUUGCACACAAUGUUACAACUGUACAAAUUAAACAUAUUAAACAGAAUUAACGUAUCAA